UGAAACUUGAGCAUUUUAUUUUGACGGGUUGUGGCCGGAAACACACGCACACAGUCUGCAGCCUGACGCGAGAUCAGCUUCAGAUGGAUCCGCUGCUCAAUUAACUUUGGAGCCAAAACUGAGGAGAGACACAGGAGCUCUGCGAGAGUUAUGCAUUUCCAGGAGUGGUUACGGUCACUUCGCUCCAGCACUGGUCUCAAAGGCUCUGAAUCUGAGGACUUCUGGAGUCUCCUGCCGACAUUGCCCGUGUCCUCCUUCUCCCUGUCCUCCCUGUCUCUGUCCCCCUCCUCACUGCUGGGUUUAGGAGCCUUGGCCUCUCUCACUGCGUACUGGCUGGUAUACCGUCCUCGACCAAUGCGUCCUCCCUGUGAUCUACAGGCCCAGUCUGUGGCUGUGGAUGGAGAUCCCAGCUGCAGGCGGUCGGCUCUCCUCAAAGAUGACUCACUGCUGGAAUUUUACUAUGACGACACCAGGACGUUCUACGACAUGUUCCAGAGAGGCCUGAGGAUCGCAGGUGAUUGCCCGUGUCUCGGCUACAGAAAGCCUGGGCAGCCCUACCAGUGGAUCUCCUACACUGAGGUGGCGGAGAAGGCGCAGCUGCUGGGCUCCGGGCUGCUGGCCAAAGGCUGCCAGCCGAACCCGCAGCAGUUUGUUGGGAUCUUUGCACCGAACAGACCAGAGUGGGUCAUCUCAGAGCUGGGCUGCUACACCUACUCCAUGGCGGUGGUGCCUCUGUACGACACACUGGGGCCGGAGGCCAUGGUCCACAUCCUCAACAUGGCCGAGAUCUCUCUGGUGAUCUGUGACCGCGAGGAGAAGGCAGCGUCUAUGCUGGAGAACAAGGAGAAAGGCGUGACUCCGACGCUCUCCUGCCUGGUCCUCUUUAACGAUUUCAGCGAUGCCUUUGUGGAGAGGGCGAAGGACUGCGAGGUGGAGGUUUUGAAACUGGAGCAGCUCAUGGAGCUGGGAAGGCAGAACCUCAAAGAUCCCGUGCCGCCCCAGCCUCAGGAUCUGGCCGUGGUUUGCUUCACCAGUGGAACCACAGGGAAGCCCAAGGGAGCCAUGAUCACCCACGGAAACAUCGCCUCCAACACUUCCUCUGUCAUUAAGAUCCUGGAGGGUUCGUUUGUAAUCCGACAGGAGGAUGUGUCGAUCUCGUACCUGCCACUGGCCCACAUGUUUGAGAGGAUGAUUCAGGUCUCGAUGUUCUGCCACGGGGCCAGAGUAGGUUUCUACCAAGGCGACAUUUCUCUACUCAUGGAUGACAUUAAAACUCUCAAACCUACCUUCUUUCCUGUUGUGCCUCGUUUACUCAACCGCAUCUAUGACAAGGUCCUGGGUUCUGUGACCUCUCCGCUGCGACGGGCUUUGCUUCACUACGCCGUGAAGAGGAAGCAGGCCGAGCUCAGCAGCGGGGUCGUACGCAACAACAGUCUGUGGGACAAACUGGUCUUCAACAAGAUUCAGGCCAGUUUAGGAGGCAACCUGCGGUUCGUCCUGACCGCUUCAGCUCCCAUCUCCCCCACGGUGCUGUCCUUCCUCAGAGCCACUCUGGGCUGUCUGAUCUUCGAGGGUUACGGGCAGACGGAGUGCACGGCUGGAUGCACCUUCUCUAUGCCAGGAGACUGGAGCGCAGGUCACGUUGGUGCUCCUCUGCCCUGUGCCAUGGUGAAGCUGGUAGACAUCCCGGAUAUGAACUACUACGCUAAGAACGGAGAUGGAGAGAUCUGUGUUCAAGGCCCCAGUGUGUUCAGAGGCUACCUGAAGGACGCAGAGAGGACGUCUGAAGCCUUGGACAGUGACGGCUGGCUGCACACUGGAGAUGUGGGCCAGUGGCUCCCUAACGGGACGCUACGCAUCAUUGACAGGAAGAAGCACAUCUUCAAGUUGUCCCAGGGAGAGUACAUCGCUCCAGAGAAGAUAGAAAACGUCUACAUGCGCUGUGUUCCUGUGCUGCAGGUGUUCGUGCACGGAGAUAGUUUACAGUCUUUCCUCAUAGGCAUAGUCGUGCCCGACCCUGAGGUGUUUGUUGACUGGGCUAAAGAUCGAGGGAUUGUUGGAUCACAUGAAGAGCUGUGCCAGAAUCCUGAUGUGAAGAAGGCAGUAUUAGAGGACAUGAGAGCUGUGGGGAAGGAAGCAGGGCUGAAGUCCUUUGAACAAGUGAAGGACCUUCAUCUGCAUCCCGAGACGUUCAGCGUCGCCAACGGCCUUCUAACCCCCACCAUGAAAAGCAGACGUGCAGACAUCCGCAGAGUCUUCCAGGAACAAAUAUCAAGCAUGUACAGCAAGACUGCCAUUUAAAGGACUCCGCUCAGUAACUCACCCAGGGCUUACUGAUGUCCAAUAAGGGAAAAAAAUGAGACAGAAGAAUUAAAAAAAAAAAAAAAAAAAGAAAGAAAAACGUCCAGCAGUGCCUUAUCUAAAAUAUACAACUGGAUAUAUUUUGGAGUUUUGGUAUUUUGCUUCAGCGAAGUUUGAAUUGACGUCCACUUGUUUGAUCGUUUGUAUUGUUUUAACUCUUCACAUGGAAAUUAAGACCGAAUGGGACCAAACAAGAUUUCUUUUUGCCCUUGACACUAAGUCAGCGUUGUGAUUCACUGCAAGAUUUUACUGAUGAAUAAAUUAUUAUUCAAUUGUAGAGAUAAGAGUCACAGAAGUUUUUAGGAAGCAACUUGCGGAGAUGUAAAGUUAGAUGUUUAAUUCAGGCUGCCCUCCUCUGUGUGAUGGGGGCAUUGUUGCUCAUAGAACUUGCAUUAACGGUAGUUUUUUUGUUUUUUGUUUUUUUCAUUUUACGGUUGUUGGGCUCUUGGGCCACCAUGAAAUAAGCUUUUGAACAUCCUUGAUCUUAGCCUGAUGGCCGUGCAUUUUUAUAAUUGGUUCAGUGUGAGCAUUUAAUCCCUCACCUGAAGCUAAACUAUCAAAACUAAUGAGGGUUUUGACUAGCAGCGGAUUGUAAAAAAACAUGAGCUGUAAAUACUGCUUGUAUGGAGAAUUGUUGACAGGACACUACUGAUUCCAGUGAAGUAAAAAAUUGAACAUAAAUAAAGAUUAGUAACUGAU